AACGGAAGGAAGACUGACUGGUAAGAAAAUAAAGAAAGGGAACGGGUUAAGUUAAUUGAAUUCUCCUUUCUAUGCAUAAGUAUCAUCGGAUGGCAAUCCCUUAUAUUGACCUGACCGGUGGGGAGCGGAGAAAGGAUACAGGAGACAAAACGAUUUAACCGCCGGUCUACUCGAGUACCUACGCACCACGCGGGAUAGCAAAUUGCAAGUGAACGCGGUCAGUUUAUAUUACAAUAGCGAACCCGCAGUAGUAAACAAAUGGUGGCUGCAGGAGCGGAGGCGGGCGGCAAAACAGACCUUAGUCUAUAUAUCGGCUCGGCCCGUGGCUUGCGCUGGGGCCGGGACGAUGGAGGUCGUAGGUUGCGUUGUCGCUCUGCUCUGUACUGUUGUAUUGCCGUGUGUGUGUGUAUUUGUGUGGGCGUGCCUUUAUGGGCGUGGCGCAAAAGCCACACUGUCUGCCUUGUUGCCUCGUUGCCUUGCUGCAGCUGCCCUUGCGCCUUUUUACGAAUCCCUUUCCAUUGCUUUCCCUCCAGUAAUGUACUGUACAAGGUACAAGAAAACGUAGAAGGACAUUGCUUGUUGCAUAAGGUGUACAAUACAUCCAGGUCCAGAUGGGAACAAGCCAGGUAUCAAAAGACAAAAAACGAUGUGAGGGCCACGGAAAAAGUUGACCCAAAUAAGUUCGAGUACAAGGGGAAUCCCAUUUCAGACGCCAAAAAAAUCAACCACAACGAGAUAGGAUACGCCCCAACACCAUGA